GUACUAAGUCCAGAACACGAGAGUGUUGUUGCAUUUUAGCUGUUCCAAAUAUUGUUUAAACUGCUACAGGCCAAAAUUGAUUUGAACCUGGUAAAGAUGAAUUUUGGUGAGAACAUGGAGGCAAAUGUUGAUUUUCACAUACAAGAUGAGGUAGAAAGGAUGCUUAAAGAGAUUGAUUUGGUGAUGAAGAAUGUUGAGAACUCUGAGUUCUAUGCUGGAAUGCACUUGGAUCUCAAACAGAAUGAAACCAUUCAAAAACAUUUCUUUCGCCUUUUAGGCUCCCAUUCACAUGUUCAGGUGGUAGUUUAUGGUUUGGGAAGCAUUGAAUACAGUUUCCAUUCACAAUUUCAUCUUGCUUUUGUUCUACUACUAAAACGGGAUUGUUCUCAUUGGAUUGACAGUAUAGUAAUAUACGAUCCCAACAUGUCUCUAGCUGAUAUCAUAGUUUUCAAAAAACUAGAUCUUGAGGUUCUAACCAUUGAUGAAAAUUGUAAGAGGAGAGUUCAGAGACCAACAAUGUUCUAUAUGCCUGAUCCUUAUUGUUAUCAUAUUGGCAACCUGUUGGGAGCAAACUGGUCUUCAUCAUGUCUAAACCGGAUUUGUUUGCUGACAAACUCAUUUCUCGAUACACUGACCGAUACGCCACGAAGUGGUCCUAAUCUAGAAGCAGUGAUACGCUUAGAGAGAAUUCUUCCCUUCACAACAGAAAUUAAAAUAAAACUUAGUGACAAUACGAUGUAUGCUAAUUUGUUCUCAGGAUUUGCCUGGCAUUUCUUUGAUGUGGAUCCCAACAUUGACAUCGACAAACCGGGAUGGUUUUGGCUGGAUAUUCAAAGGAAUCUUGAAGAAGAAUUUUUGGAAGAUAUGAAAGGCAACAUGACCAGUGAGGAAUUUGCAGAAAUUUGGGGUAUUUAUCGCGGGUUUCGUCGUUUAAGAUGCAACAACGUUCUUCCUCCUCCAGGAUGGACUAAGCUAAACAUCUAUGGUAUUGGUAGAAAGGUUGAUCAGCCAGGACAAUAUGGUGGCAUCUUCCAAGAUGAAAACGGAACGUGUUUAGUUAGGUAUAGAGGAGUCUUUGAUGUUGAAGACAAUGUGAUUGCUGGACUAGAGGCCUUGAGGCUCGGGUUGGCCAGAUGCGUGGAAGGAAAACCAAAUGCAGAGAAGUUGAUUGUGGAGUCAGAUGAUCUUACACUUGUCCAAUAUGUUAAUGGUCGCCCAGAGCCAAACAAAAAGGCUAUGGACAAGUUGAAGGAAAUUUCCGUCUUGCUGGAAUGUAUAACUUGUGCAACAGUUCACUAUAUCUAUGAAGAAGCCAAUGAAGCUGCUAGGAAGUUGGCUCUGAGUGAUGCAUAGAGCUUUGUUUUUGACUCAUAGGGGUAAGCUGAAUCUUUCUAAGUUGAACUAAGGUUUCAAAUUCAAUUUGCAUUUAGGGGAAAAUGAUUCUGUUGUCAAAGGUUGGAGAAACUUGAAUUUACUUGCUAGACUUUGUUUAAUUGUGAUUUUGAAUGUUUAGGAGAUACUUGAGUUUCCUUGUUAGCCUAUCUGUUUUGACUGUA